GCUUCUUGUACGUGUCCUCCCCUUUUUCUUUCCCCAUUAUACGUGUCCUCCUCCUUCUUCCCCCAUUUGUAUCUUCCCAACUCUCUCUCUAUCUCUCUAGAUUUUCUCUUUCUUGAUUGCCUAUCUCUACCUGGGUCUGCGUUAACCCUCCAAGAUUUUCUCCAGUUUUGGUGGGUUCUCUCAGGCACAUAGCGAAGUCUGUGUAUCAAUUUUGGUUAACCUUUGCCUAAUUCUAAUAUCAGUUUUUUCAAACAAUUGUUCAACUUUUACAUUUUUGGCCACUCGAAAAUGUUCGGUCUUAAGGAAUCUCCCUUGAACAAGAAUGCUAAACAAAACUCAGUUAACCCUAAACACCCUGGCUAUUCUAGCUCCAACCCUUUUGAUUCUGAUGAUGAGUUAGAUAACAAAACCACCCGUAAACCCACACAAAGAACUCCUCCUGAACCUUCGCUAGAUACCCCAAAAUCCAGGGCCAAUUCUUUUGAUGAUAAUGGAGGAGAAAGGACCUCUUCGUCUUCUUAUGCACUUCCUUCAACAGCAAGAAAUAGAUACAAGAAUAAUUUCCAUGAUUCGGGAGGAUUAGAGAAUCAGAGUGUCCAAGAAUUGGAAAAUUAUGCUGUAUACAAAGCUGAGGAGACUACAAAAACAGUCAACAGUUGCCUGAAGAUAGCGGAGGACAUGAGAGAGGAUGCUACCAAGACUUUGGUCGCCUUGCAUCAGCAGGGGGAGCAAAUCUCCAGGACUCACAUGGUUGCGGCUGACAUCGAUCAUGAUCUUAGUAGGAGUGAGAAGCUGUUAGGAAGUCUCGGGGGUGUCUUCUCCAAGACAUGGAAGCCAAAAAGGACUCCUCCAAUAAUGGGACCUGUGAUCACAAGAGAUGAUCCAGGGCAUAGAAAGGGUAACCACUUGGAGCAGCGGGAGAGAUUGGGAUUGGGCCCUACAUCCAAGGGACAGUCAAAUAAGCGGACACCACCUCCUGAACCCGCUAAUGCAUUGCAGAAAGUUGAGGAAGAGAAGGCAAAGCAAGAUGAUGGGCUUUCAGAUCUAAGUAAUCUAUUGGGAGAUUUGAAAGAUAUGGCUCUUGACAUGGGAUCUGAAAUUGAUAGCCAAAUUGGAGCUCUGAGUCACGUUGAGCAGGAUGUGGAUGUGGUAAAUCAACGUGUGUUAGACGGCAAUCGACGGGCACGGCGUUUGCUUGGGAAGUAGAAGCUGCAUAUGGAUUUCGCACCUGAUGUUGGACGUUGGCUUGCUGCCUCGCUUGCCUUCUUUCACUGCCAUUUUUUCUUCAUUCUUUCCUCAACUUGCAUAGUCCAUUUGUUCUUUUUCUUUUUAAUUAUUAUUAUUAUUAUUUUAAUUUUUUAACUCUCUUCUUGUGAUAUUGUAUUGUAUACAGCUAAAAGUUUGAGAUUAGAUUUGUAUUAUGAAUAUAGAUGCUAACUUGCAUCCUUUAACGCU